AUGAACGCCAUCUCAAUACCGUGGGAUCCUACCCCAAUUCCGGCCUCUCCUCCGAGCAAAAAGCGCCGCACAUACUCCUCCCACUCCUCCUCCUCGUCGAUUCAAGACACUCAACAAGUAGUAACCAUGGCCAGCCUCAUGCUCGCACCCGGCCAACAACACCACCAACCACAAAUUGAUCUCAAGUAUUUGGACCAAAGCUUCGCAAAUUCGAAGUCUUUUACCUUUACCUCUCAACCGCCACACUUUCAUCAACCCGGAACCUCCCGGUCACGACAGUCGUCUGCGCGCACGACUUCUUCGUGUUCAUCGGAACGAGAUUGCAAGCCAACAUUGGCAAGCCUACAAUCCAGCGUUUCUCCUGCCAAUUCCACAGCAGCAUCAACGCCUCCAUCAUCCGUUUCGCCGCUCUCGCCGACCUCGCCGACCUCCUCGUCGUCCAGUGACCACGAUUCGUUCUCCCACUGGAACGCUCUCGGAGCUAUGUUCAGCACCGGGGCGACAUUUGGAUUCGGAUCGGGAGGAAUGGAAGAGGCCCGCGGAGCAGAGUGUCUGGCGUGCGGAUAUCGAUACGAGGAUCUGGGCGUGCUGGCCGAGCAUCAGCGAAUGGAGCACGGCCUGGUAGAUGUCAUUUUUUAA